ACAUUUAUUCACUUUCCACUACGUGUUUACCGGUGCACUUGUCACCUCUUCCAGCAGGACGUCAGCUCUUCAGGGGUUGGGAUUACUUCUUUGUCCUUGUACUCACAGGACCUCACAUGGGGUUUGCCAUGGACUAUGUGACUGAUUGGCUAGGAAUGAAUGAUGCCAUCUGGUGUUUGGAGGUCAGAGGGGUCCCAUGAGAAGAGUGAGCGAUGAGAGGGCCGCUUUGGAAGAGGUGGAAGGAGAUGUGGCCGAAUUGGAACUCAAACUCGAUAAGCUUGUAAAGCUUUGUAUCGCAAUGAUUGAUACCGGAAAGGCCUUUUGUGUCGCAAAUAAGCAAUUUGUGAACGGAAUUCGAGACUUGGCUCAAUAUUCUAGUAGAGAUGCUGUGGUGGAGACAAGCUUGACCAAAUUUUCUGAAAGUCUUCAGGAAAUGAUCAACUUUCACACAAUCCUGUUUGACCAGACGCAGAGAUCCAUUAAGGCACAACUUCAGACGUUUGUUAAAGAGGAUCUCAGAAAGUUCAAAGAUGCCAAGAAACAGUUUGAAAAGGUCAGUGAAGAAAAGGAAAAUGCCCUAGUGAAAAACGCCCAGGUUCAGAGAAAUAAACAACAUGAAGUAGAAGAAGCCACCAACAUUCUGACGGCCACCAGGAAAUGCUUCCGCCACAUCGCCCUGGACUAUGUCCUGCAGAUCAAUGUGCUGCAAUCAAAAAGAAGAUCGGAAAUCUUGAAAUCAAUGUUAUCUUUCAUGUAUGCCCACCUGGCCUUCUUUCAUCAGGGAUACGAUCUUUUUAGUGAGCUCGGGCCCUACAUGAAGGAUCUUGGUGCACAGCUGGAUCGACUGGUAGUGGAUGCAGCCAAAGAGAAGAGAGACAUGGAGCAGAAACAUUCCACCAUUCAGCAGAAGGCCGCAUUACAGGAUUUCUCCACGGAUGAUACCAAGCUAGAAUAUAACGUGGACGCGGCCAAUGGCAUUGUCAUGGAAGGCUAUCUGUUCAAACGAGCCAGUAACGCCUUCAAGACUUGGAACAGGAGAAAGCCAGAUCAUAUCAGACGCUGGUUCUCAAUACAGAAUAAUCAGCUGGUAUACCAGAAAAAAUUCAAGGAUAAUCCCACGGUGGUGGUGGAAGAUCUGAGGCUUUGCACUGUGAAGCACUGUGAAGAUGUCGAGAGACGGUUCUGCUUCGAGGUGGUCUCACCUACCAAAAGCUGCAUGCUUCAGGCCGACUCCGAGAAGCUGCGCCAGGCGUGGAUUAAGGCCGUCCAAACCAGUAUCGCCACUGCCUAUAGAGAAAAAGGGGAUGAGGCGGAGAAGCUGGAUAAGAAGUCAUCUCCCUCCACGGGAAGCCUGGAAUCUGGGAAUGAGUCAAAAGAGAAAUUAUUAAAAGGAGAGAGCGCGCUCCAGCGGGUGCAGUGCAUUCCCGGCAAUGCCAGCUGCUGCGACUGUGGCCUGCCUGACCCCCGGUGGGCCAGCAUCAACUUGGGAAUCACCCUGUGCAUUGAGUGCUCAGGUAUACACCGGAGUCUUGGGGUCCACUUUUCCAAAGUGCGCUCUUUAACUUUGGACAGCUGGGAGCCGGAGCUUCUCAAGCUUAUGUGUGAGUUGGGAAAUGAUGUUAUGAAUCGAGUUUAUGAAGCCAAAAUUGAGAAAAUGGGAGUAAAGAAACCACAGCCUGGACAAAGGCAGGAGAAGGAAGCAUAUAUCAAAGCAAAAUAUGUGGAGAGGAAGUUCGUGGAUAAGGAUUCUGCCUCUUCAUUACCUCCAGAGGAAGGGAAGAAAGCUCUGUGCCACGGUCGGGAGGAGAAGGGGCUCAUCACCUCCAAACCGGGACUAGAAGACCAAGUUGGAACAUCAGGCAAAAGUUUAGGUGUUGAUCCUUUUGCGGUGGCUGUAAAUAGCGACGAGGCCAGGCGGGAAUCUCUGUUCUGUCCUGAUGAGCUAGAUUCACUCUUCUCCUACUUUGAUACCUCUUCAAAACUACGUAGUAUCAAAAGCAAUGACAGUGGAAUCCAGCAGUGUGCUGAUGAGGCCCGGGAAGGUCUGUCUUCAGUGGUCUCAGCUAAUAGCUUAUAUGAGCCAGAGGGAGAAAGACGAGAUUCUUCAGUGUUUCUUGAAUUUAAGCAUCUUCAUCCAGGACUCCAGCUGUAUCGGGCUUCAUAUGAAAAAAAACUUCCCGACAUGGCCGAGGCGCUGGCCCACGGAGCAGACGUCAACUGGGCGAAUCCUGACGAGAACAGAUCCACCCCCCUUAUCCAGGCCGUCUUAGGGGGCUCCCUGGUGACCUGCGAGUUCCUCCUGCAGAACGGUGCUAACGUGAACCAAAAGGAUGCCAAAGGGCAAGGCCCGCUGCACCACGCCACCGUCCUGGGGCACACAGGGCAAGUGUGCUUGUUCCUGAAGCGAGGGGCCAACCAGCACGCCAGCGACGAGGAAGGGAACGACCCGCUGAGCAUUGCCGUGGAAGCCGCGAAUGCCGACAUUGUGACCCUGUUGCGUUUGGCCCGGAUGAACGAAGAGAUGCGGGAGUCGGAAGGCCUUUACGGACAGCCAGGUGAUGAAACUUACCAAGACAUUUUCCGUGACUUUUCCCAAAUGGCCUCCAAUAAUCCAGAAAAACUAAACCGUUUCCAACAAGAUUCACAGAAAUUCUGAAUUUUUUUAAAGAAGGGAAACAAAUUAAAUCUGGUCCCCUCUUCUUCACCCAGCUGCAAAUGCCCAUUUUCCUCCUGCUUUCAUGCUGCACAUUCAGGUUUUCUAGAUAUUGAACGAGUGACAGGAGAAGGUACAUUCCUUGCCAGUUCCACGGGGAAACGUUUUUGUGAAUUCUUGUCUCGGUGCCUCUGCAGCCUCGGGGGGAGGGGGGGACCCUGUUUGGGGCCUGUUGGGGAUGGGUGCAAUCCGCUUUAGGGGCUUGCCUGGACUGAAGCGAGGUCAGCUGGGUGAGGGACUUGUGGGUGCAGAUGUAGUUCGGGGGCGCUUUUCAAAGCCCUCCUUUUUAAGGGGGGACAGCUCCCUCUUUCCGUGACUUAUGCUUAACACAUUCCACUAACCACGUCCACACAGCUGGAGGAGCUCAGGGCCAAGGCUGGCUCUGUGGCCCGGUGGGACAGACACCUCCUCCCCUGUGCGGUCGUGCCAGGGAAAGCCCCCGAUCCUGGGGCCCGAUCCCGGCGUGGCUCCCGGCUUUGUGGCCCAGAGAGGAGAGGUGUUUGAGCUCCCGCAGCCGCAGGACGUAGCGCUUGGGAGGCUAACUUGACGGUUCAGCUUCCCGGUCCCUUGCCCGAUUUAGGGAUGUAAUAGAAUUCUUCUCCAAAAAUGACUUGAACGGUUUCCAAAUUAAACCCUAAUUAAGAUGUCCCUUUCAAAGUAGUUGAUGGACAAGGAAGUUUUUAGAGGUUUGCUCUUCCCCAAUCGAGGGCUCACCUUUCCCCCUUCUCGGCUCUGACCUCACGGGGAAGGAACCCUUUCAGCCCCGCUGGCCAAGGGCCGGCCCUGCCCCGGCUCUGCCUUAGCUGUGAGACGCACCUUUUCUGUUCGCAAACCAUAUUGAUCGUAGUUCUUUUCGUUCCAGAGCCUCAGAGAAGUAGCUCUUGACUUUUUUAGCACAAGGCUCCUUUUUCAUGUCUGAUGUCCCAACAUCAUCCCGUCCGCUCUCGACGCUUCCUCUGUGAUUGUAGCCACCCUUUGUGUCUAAUUGUCCAUUUCCCAUGAAUCAUGUCACUAAGGAAUAAAAUUGGAAUGCUGACACGGUCUCCAAGGAGAGCUUUGGAAAGUUGACUUCAUUUUUGCAUAAGUGGAGAAAUGUUAUGUUGUUUGAGGAGCUCAUGAUUUCCAACACUGGGUUUUUAAAUAAGGCAUAAUUAAGUUGUCAAGUGAUUUAAUGUCAAAUCGAGUAGUUUGAUGAAGUAAAACCAUGUUAGAGACAAACUUGAGUAAUCUCAUUUGUUUAAAUUCUAUAAAUUAUUCCAGUUUACCUAGUGAUCAGGAAACACUGACGUCUUGGACAAACGGGAGAGACGUCUUUUUAAAAGUAGAAUUGAAGUUCUGUUGCUUCCCUGCAAGGUGGCUAAGAUAAAAUGGGAACUUGAAAGCAUGUUUUUCUGUUGCCUUUAGAAUUACUUCCUUUUAAAAAAAAAAAAACAAAAAAAAACUCCUUAGUAAAAACCUUGAUUGCAAAGUAAACCACUAGAGCUUUGAAGCAAAAGUAAUAAUUUGCAUAAAUAAAUGCAAGGGCCCAAACCAGAGCUCUCUUUAAGUAUUAUUUUAAAGGAGGCUCUGAUUUCUCCCCACCGCUCCAGCCCUGUCCCCAUCUGUGGGCCUGCAGAGCCAGGCCCCGUUCCCACCCUAAGGCUCCUAAGCCUCUGCUGCUCUGGCCCCUCGGUGCUAAGUAGCUUCCUUUGGUGCUGGGAGCCCCUCACCUCUCGCUCCCCUGCAGGCAGCUGCUUCUGGCUGCGCUUGCUUGGCUGCGCACUUAGAAUCAAUGGGAAGCGCUGACUCCAGCCGCUGCUUUCUAACAUCUUCAGGGCAGGCUUUCUUUGGGGACGAGGUUUUGGCAACCAGCUGCCACCUUGCCGCUGCUUGACCUCUUGGGGUAGCUGGGAGGGCGCCUCGGCGGUGACGUUGGGGAGCUCCCGGAGAAUGACGUUCUGGGCUCGGCUUCCGGACACACAGUCAGCCGGCUCAUUUCUGAGCUGUGGCCCAUUUCCAGCCAGCCGUGGUACAAGCCCUACGCCAUAAUGGCUUUUUACUGUAUGUAAUACACCUGAAUCUUACUAAAUGGUGACAUCGAGUGGGUCAGGGGACAGACGCCUGCUCGGCCUUGGGGGGCGGGCGGAUGGGGACCAUCCAGCUCCCCGUUGGUGCUGCUGCCUGUAACUCCAUCACGGCGCAGAUUGUCUGGCUCAUUAGCAUUUUAGAAAUCUGAACGUGCAAGAAAAGAGUCUUAGAUCUGAACAGAACACAGAAGAUGAAAUUAAUUUUGAGAGCUCUCGUUGGUUUAGGUUAUCCGCUGGUUCAGUAUUUGUAACGCCUUCAUUGCAGCAACAGGUAUACGCUAAUGAACGCUAGUUUUUCUUUUUUUUUUAAAUUACUCUUGGUACAAUGCUUCAAAAUUCAGGUAUUUCUGAGUCCACUGCAUUACAGUGUGUGACUAAUCGGUCUUGGGCUUCCUUUGGUCUCAGUAUCUCCUGUGCUUUCGGAAGGUUGUACAUACGUGCUGAGAUGAGCUUCUCACGAGUGAAUUUUUCAAGUUUUCUUUCGUUUCAUUACCUAAACACUUUAAUGAUCUGUAAUAUGUUAAGCAGUAUUGUAAAAGGUAAUCUUACACAUGUAGCAACGUUUUUUACUUUUUUUGUAAAAGGACAUGAUUAUAAUAAACCAAAAACGAUUGCCACUAUUUAUGUUUUCAUUUAUAACCGAAUGUAAUCCCUGUUUUGAAGAGCAGCAUUGUUCCCAAACGGCUGCACUCUCGUUACUCUUUAAAGUUUCAUGAUCAUUCCUUUUUCCAAUGUGGAUAUUGACUCCAAAAAUGGCCUACAUGCCCGAGGCUCCGCGCCUUGGAAACGGGCUGGAAGGAUGCGUCACUGUGCUCAGCGCCCCUUCACCAGGAGAAAAUGGAGGCAGGAGCCCAGGCUCUCCUCUCCCAGGACGCUUGCGCUGCAUUGAUCCGAAAUGGUUUCAUCUCCUGGUGGCCCGCGGCCCUCCAUCUUACUGGCGUGACCUUUGGGGAAGUCUGGGCUUUUUAGAAAUGUGAAGAUUUUAACAUUUUCACCACAUCAGAAUUAACCUGUUGACGUAUUUUAAAUUGAAUUUCAAUGAAUCAGUUAUACAAUCGAUUUUAUUUUUCUUAGUCUUUUCUGUUUACAUAAAUUUGCUGUUUUCAGGUAUAUAGUGAGUAGUUUUUCUAAUUGCAAAAGAUGAAAUUUUUUUGUGUUGCCUGUAUCUUUUUAGCCUCCUUCCAUAUUAUGUUCCAUCUAAUCCUAUUUUUUCCCCCGAAGAACUAGAACUUAGUCAAGCCGUGUGCUUGUGAGCAGGGAAAGGUGGCCACCCGGUGAGGAGCUUCCCGGAGCUCUGAGGGCCAGAGCCGGCUCGCGGGCUCUCCCUUGGCGCUUCCGGGCCCACUCCUCACUCCAUGGGCCUUCAUCAGUCCGUAGUUUGGUGUGUCCGACUUGGCGGUUAUUUGUUUUCAUUGUAAAUGCGAUUGUAAACGUACAUGCUUGUUAUUCUACAAUGUACAUGAUGUAAGAAUUGUAAAUAGUGUACUGGAAUAAAGACUUCGGAUGCUGAACUA